AUGACCGAGGUCAAGACCACCCUAUCACUCUCACAUGACGAACAACUACUCGCUAUCGCAUGCGGCUACGAACUUCAAGUCUUCUCAAUCUUUGAUCUCAUUUCAAAUAACAACAACAAACCUUUUGCCGACCUGAGGUUCGAUGAUGCGUAUAUAAACACGAUUUGCUGGAACCCGAGUAGACAUGAACUAUUGGUUACAAGCGAAGAGAGAGGCCUGUUUCAUGCAGUUAUCAAGGCAACAGAGAACGACUCAUCAAAGCCUAUUAUGUUGCGAUCGACGGAUGUCAUUGUAGCAUGUUGGAAUGAAUCCACAGAUAAACAUGACGAGAUAUUUGUUGGAUGUCCCAAUGGUGACAUUGAGCUAAUCACUCUUGCAUCGCCCGAGUCCAAACCCAAGCUUCGACUCCAUAUACCCGAUUACUUCAGCGAUAAUACCCAUAUUAAUAUCAACCUGAUAAAGUCCAUCAAGCAUUACUUGUUCACAUCUUAUGAUGUAGACAAUCAGCAAUCCGAUGUGUUCAUCUAUGACACGAACACUGAACAGAUGAUGGAUUCAUUCCCCAUGUCACUGGGUCCAGAGCGGGACACACCAAUCUGCAUCCAAUUAUUGUUCAUCAAAGAAUGGAACAUACUAUUAUUGAUAUCAUCAAACUCAAACACAGUGGAAGUGUAUGAGGAGUUUGAAGAGACAUCGUGGCGAUGCCUUAACCUUGAUGAUCAGGACCGUGCACAGAUAGAUAAUGAGCUGUUUGCCACUGGUUUGGGAAUGAUCACUUGCUUCCCAGACAAUGUGCCGCAAUCAGAGAGCACUCCAGCACCCAUCGUAGUCGUGUUGGACAACGAUUAUAACAUCAGUCUCUUCAGUCUGAUCAACACUGAGAUUGGUGAUCGACUGGCCAUCACCAAACCAAAAGGUCUCGCCAAGCUCGCGAGCCCAGUUUCAGGCAAGUCGUCUUCCUCUCUGCCCAUAUCUGCACCAUCAUCACUCUUUGGUGGCGGCACGAAACCAGCGGCGGCGAUUGGAGGACCCUCCCCCUUUACAAUGGGCCCCUCAUCAAUUUUGGGACAAACAACAGCGACGACAUCGUCUGGACCCUCCCCCUUUACAAUGGGCCCCUCAUCCAUGUUUGGACAACCAGCUCCAACGGUCAAAUCCACAUCGCCAGUAUUUGGCACAUCAUCAUUGUUUGGUGCUGGCGGUGGUAGUGGCACUGCCCCAGCGACGGCAUCAACUACAACAUCAUUAUUUGCCCCAGCGCCAUCCAGCCCAUUCACAGAGAAGACUACAAUGACAACGACAUCAAAGCAAGAGCCAACAACAUUGAACAACAACAAUAGUAUAUUUGGUGGUGGCGCCUCAACUAUGACAUCACAGUUUGGAUCAUCGACGUUCAACAACACAGCCACCUCCAAUGCAAAACCAGUGGAGAGCGUGUUUGGAAAGCCUGCAGCCACAACCACCACUCAAUCACCUCUCUUCUCCGCCUUUGGAACAACAUCACAGCAACAGCCCAACAAGGACUCGUCCUCCAACCCGACAAGUACCUCGCCACCCAUCCUCACAUCUCCAUUUGGUUCAACACAAACAUCUUCGGUCAAGGCACCAACAACAGCAUCAUCGCCACCGACUCAACUCUCACCAUUGGACAACACGACAUCGCCAAAGACACAGCCACAACAGCCAUCAAAGAAGCCCGCGCCAACAUCACAGCCACCCAGCAGCAUGAUUAUCAAGAAAGAGAUCAAGGUGACCAAUGCAGAGGUGCUCCUGGAGAAGUUCAAGGGUCUGAAGCUGUACCAGGCCAACAAUGCACUGGCCGUUCAAGUGCGCAACAAUGCUCUCUCACUGACAUCGUCGCUCGAGAGCAUCAGACAGGCCAAGGCCAAGCAGGAGAACAUCAUCCAGGUGAUCAAGAGCAGUGGAAAGUCACCAUUCUCAAUCGAUGAGAUCACCUCUGAGACCAACCAGCUCGCCGAGGUCAUUCAAUCGUUGGAUGGCGCGUACGACGAGCUAUGCGACCAGGUCUUCCUCACACAGGCCCGCGGCGAGAAGUCCCUCGUGCUGGCCACUGACGCCCUGGAACACUUCUCCUCGCAGGAGCAUCACUCAUCGAUGAAGGAGCUGGUGUUGGCACGACGCCUCGAUCAAAAGGUCAUGGAGGAUCGCGAGCGAUUACAACUGGCCUACAAGAACAUCAAUGAGGAGAUCAAGCGAUUGGAGGUUCAUCUGGCCUACGUGGACAUCAACCACAAGUCGGGCAAAGAGCUGAGCGCGUUGUCCAAGGCACAGUUCCUCUCGCUCGUCUACGACUCGCUACAGAGCCACGACCACAUUCAUCACAAACUCCAUCGAUCACUCAGUCAAAUGUCCAAGCAACUCAACAAGUUGUCAAUUGACACGCCAUCCGUGAUGGAUCGUUCAGGCAGCAAACAAAAGCAACAACUACAACUUCAACAACAGCGCGAGGAUGAAGAGGAUGGCGGCAACACCAACACACUUCGACUGGACUUUGACAAUUUGCAGAUCACCAACAACAAGCGUGAUGUGACCUCUAGCGCACAUUACAAACAGGUUGUGGAGAGACUUAGACAGAGCAAGCCAAGAGUUGUGACCCCAGUCAACAUGCAACUGAAGCGCUACUUCAAGAUGGACGAUAUUGCCAAUCCGGGCCACACAGCCGUCGUUGUCAAGGAGCUGCCGUCGGCCAACCCCACACUGACCGACUUCAAGCUGGACCUGGAGAGCUCGUUCAACGCCUUCGACUCGUCUAAGCUGGCGUACAAUCCCGCGCUCCUACGCAAGCCAAUCGAGAGCGAGGGUCGCGAGGACGGCGAAGACGAGGACGACUCGGGAGACAGCCAGGACUAUGAAGACAGCGAGGAGUUUGAGGACGAAGACGAAGGCCAGUAUGAGCCUGCCGUCCAGAAGAGUGCCAAACAUCAACGCAAGUCAUCGUCAUCAUUCUCAUUCACGCCCACCACCUCCACAGGUGCGGGUCAACAGCAGAGCAUUGUGAUGCCCCCACUCAAUCAGAAACCCCCAGCCUCGAUACCAGAGUUCACGACGUCCCCACCCAGACUCAGCGAGGAAUCAUUGAUCAAGACCGCGAUGUUGGAUGGCUUCAAGCCUCCCCCCGCCAAGACAUCACCCUCUCCCAAGACAUCGCCACUCAACACUGCCUCCAGCUCAGUCCCCACAGUCCAUGCGAUGGGAACUACAUUCGGCUCGGCAAAUCUCUUUAGCAAUGCAAAGGAGUCAAUGCUGCCCAACUCCCCACUGCAAUCCAAUCUGCCGCCAUUUUCUUCAGGAGGUGGUAUGUUUGGUGGAGGUGGAUCUGUAGCCGGAGCAGGAUUCGGCACGAUGUCCACUCCCUCCAAGCCAAAGGCAAACACACCAGAUCUUGGCCUUGGCAUGUCGGCGUCCAAGCCAAGUGCCCCAUCAAUAUUUGGCAACGCUUCAAUGCCAAUGACCACCAACAUUGGUCAAUCACUUUUCCCUGGCUCUCCAUUCUCCCCUCAGCCACAAACAUCCCCACUCGCCACAAGCGUCACAUCACCAGCACCAGCACCAACACCAGUGCCAGUGCCAGUGCCCGUGCCAGCCACUGCAACGUCACCAAUAACACCAGCCAAACAGACGACUGUUGUCUCACCGACCAUCACCCCUGCAUCCCCAGCAAACAUCUCACUAUCUUCACCGCCACAACAAACAUCUGUUGUGGGUAACAAAACGUCAAUCACAACUCCUGCCAUUGUGUCACCUACUACUCAAUCACCUGUGACUAUUCCAAAGCCUGAUACACCUCCCACAAAGACGGCAGCCGUCUCCCCAACCAUACCAUCCACGCCGUCAACAGCACCCACUUCCACUACCACCGCUCCAGCUCCAGCUCCAGCUCCAGCUCCAGCUCCAGCUCCAGCUCCAGCUCCAGCCACAACAACAACAGCAGUCAAGUCAGAAUCAUCCCCUCCACUUCCAGUAACCACAACCUCACCUGCGACUCAACCCGCCACAUCUACUUCACCAGUCGCCACAACUCCUGUCCUACCACCAGCGACAACAGUGAUCAAGCCACCUGCUCCUGUGUCCAAACCAUCACCUGCGCCAGUCGCGACCACUCCAGAGCCAUCAGCAAAGAGGACAUCACCUAAAUCACCGAUUGAUGAGUUUGGAUCACAGAUAGGCUUGGACGAGGAUGAACCACCAAAGACUACUGCCGCCACAGUGCCAUCCACGCCACCACCCAAGGAGCAAUCAAAGCCUUCUGCUGCCGCCUUGCCUCCACCAGCUACGCCACCACCCAACGAGGUGAAGAAGCCAGAGCCACCAAAGCAGCAGUCGUCUGCUUUGGAUUCGUUUGGACUUUCCUUGGGAUUCGGUGAGGAGCCCAGCAGGACUCCAAGCAAGCCACACAGAUCACCAUUUGAUCUGGGUCCACCAGAGCCUGCCAACGCCACCGCCAAGCCAUCACCACCAUUGUGGGCCGCAACCACUUCCAUUCCCACUUCCACUGUCCCCGCCACACCAACUUUUGGCGGCGUAUACUCCUUAGCGCCAAACACUCCGGCAACCCCAGUCUCUGUGUUUGGAGGUGGUCAACCUUCAACACCUGCCUUUGGCGCCGUCUCUGCUCCCUCGACUCCAUUUGGAGGCGUAUCAACCCCAGCCUUUGGCGGCACCUCGACCCCAGCAUUUGGAGGUGUAUCAACUCCAGCCUUUGGUGGCACGACACCCUCGGUAUUUGGCGGCAAUAGUAGUGUGUUUGGAGGCGCGUUUAAGCCACCAGCUGCUGGAGGUUCGGUGUUUGGCUCGACAGGAUCAGGAGGUGGAGCAACAUUCGCCACCGCUGGCACUCAAUCAACAACAGCGUUUGGAGGUGCAACUACACCAACAACACCACAGUCGACAACAUUCGGAGGUGUCCAAGCUUCACCAGCAGCCUUUGGAGGAGUCACACCAGCCUUUGGAGGAGCUACGACAGCCUUUGGAGGGGCCAAUCAAGCACAGCCGACAACACCAGCAUUUGGUAAACCCCUUGCUACAACCACAGGCAGUGUGUUUGGAAAUGUGUCCUCGCCAACUUCCACCCCGGCUACGAAUGUGAGCGCAUUCGGUCCAGCUCCUGGAGGUGGAGGAUCUGUUUUUGGACAAGCACCUCCUGCAGGAGGAAGUGUAUUUGGUCAAUCAUCAGUACAGCCUCAAACACCACAACAAUCAGUAUUUGGUGGUGGUGGACAACAACAACAAUCAGCAUUUGGACAAACAUCUGCAUUUGGACAAACAUCAGCCUUCGGCCAAACAUCCUCGGCAUUUGGUGGUGGUGGCGGUGGACAAGCUUCAGUGUUUGGACAACAACAACAAUCAGUGUUUGGCAAUACGAGCAAAGUAUUUGGAGCCGGAGCUUCAACAACUACAUCAUCGUUUGCGAACUUUGGAAACAAAUAA